AUGGUAUAUAAGGAUUUACAACCAAUAAGUAUCGUAGAAAAUGAGGGAUUCCGAGAAUACUCAAAGGCUUUGAAUCCAACCUAUUCCUUACCUUCACGGAAAACGGUUUCUAAAUCCUUGCUUCCUGCUGCUUAUGAAGAAAAAAAGAAUAGUUUAAAAAACGUUCUUAGUGCUGUACAAAAUAUCUGUUUGACUGUAGACUGUUGGAGCAACCAAAAGGCUGAAAGUUACAUGGCCGUGACAGGCCAUUUUAUUGACGAACACAUGCAAAGGAAAACGGUACUGAUUGACUGCUCAAUUUUUGAUGAACGUCAUUCAGCCAAAAAUAUUGCAGAAAAUAUCAUACACAUUUGCCAACCAUAUUUUCCGAUGGAAAAAGUGUCUUUAAUAGUGACUGACAAUGCCAAAAAUAUGAUUAACGCUGUCGACAGCGAACUAAAGUUAAAACAUUUAGGAUGCAUUGCACACUCUCUCAAUUUGGCUGUCACAAAUUCUCUAAACGAGGUUAACGACCUUCUAACGAAAAUUAGGGAUAUUGUGAUAGUUUACAGGAGAAGUAAUAUCGCUGCAAAAAAUCUGCGAAAAUAUCUGUGUGCUCUAGCGAGGAGAGAAAAGACUUAA